AUGGGAAAUGCUGUAUAUUUUGUCAGUAUAGAGGGCGCUGUAUAUUCUAUGCAGAAACUGGUACUGCUAACUCUCUUCUUCACUUUGGCGGUGGUCUGUGCAAAACGUCCAAAUUACCACAAACAAGGCAGGUCACAGGUUGACGUCUGUCGUUUGAACUGUGUGUGGGACGCUGUUUCGUGUGGCUUUCCCUGUCGUUUGUUGUUCCGGUCUCAUCGCACGGGAUACUUUAAUUGCGCCAAAGUUUGUAACCAAGAUCGCAUAACCUGCUUUAAGUCUUGUGAGAAAAAGGUGACCGCCUCAUCACCACAGGCUCCGGCAGUAGAGGAGAAGACCGCCGCGACUGAACCUAAGGCGGCUGAAGUUGUGGAGGAGGAAGUUGAUGGAGAGGAAACGGGUGAUUCCAACGAAUCAGUAGAAGAUUAA